AUAAUACUGGCUGCUCAGUGCUCCUCCCUUUGACAGAGUGAACAGAUAGCAUGUCUCCGUCUUAUGUUCUACUAAUGUAUGUCACUUGUUCCACAAUCAAUGAAGGAUGUGCAGACAGUGUCACCACUCCAAAGAUUUUAUUAAACCCAGGGUACAUCAAUGAAGUUACACCUGUCUUUGUGCGCUGUGAGUCUUCAAACCACAAUGCACACAAGUGUCAAUUCUACAAAGACAGGGGAUCUAAUCCAAUACAUACAACUCAAAAUGCUACAUGCCAAAUCAAAGUGACCUGGAAUAAGUUUAUCAGCUGGAAAAAGACAGAGGUCGAGCUCAGCUGUGCCAUACUGGGUGGAGACGGGAAAACAGUUCUUUCCAAGAUGAGCAACAUGGAAAGACUUAAAGUCAAUGACCCAAUUGGAAUAACCAAGAUCCACGUGGAAAACACAGGUGUCGAUUUUUGGACACUUCGGUGUGUGGCGACGGCUGGAGAAUUAUGCAAUUUCUACCUAAAUAACAUUCAAGUAUUAAUAAAGGAAACACCAUUCCAACGAGGUGUGUGUGUGGAGAGAGUGUCCACGGAGGUGCUGUGGAAAGAGAGGAUGAUGAGUUCUGGAGACGUCUCCUUCUCCUGUGAGGUGAAGCUGAAGGUUAGGGAUGAAGGCUCUGGGUCUUCGUCCUGGGCAGUAAAACGGAGUGAACCGUAUAACUUCACUGAAAAAGUUUUGAAUUUACCUCAAAACACCACCUCAGCCAGUCUCAUCCUAUCCACUAGAGGAGGUUCAGAUGACCUAGCCCAAGGAUUCGGUCCACAGUUCCCUCUCUUCAGUGGACUGAUCACCACUUCUCUCUUCUGUUGUAUUCUCCUUAUCGGCUCCGUGGUAUGCUGCUACCGCCACAGAGAAGCCAAGAAAUCCUCCACUGCCAUAAGAAGAAACCGACAUGAACAGGAAGAUUCACUUGAACCUGUGUGUGAGUAUUGAGCAGUCAAUGUAUCCUCUGAAAGCCUGUUUAAAUGCAGCCACAAACCACCCUGCAUGUUUCGUUUUAUUCUACAAUAGAUUUUCACCUGUGUGAAAAUCACUUGAUCAUCAGCAAUAGACAUGAAUAAACAGCUCUUGGGUUUCCUGGGAUUCUAGCACUUGUUUAGUAACUCUGUUGCCUUAUACUCAGCGUUUUACAUUUGAUAAUUGCUCCUAAAACAGAUGCGGUCAUCCAAAGACCUGCAACCGAGGUGAGUAGUCGUGUGGUCAGUGAGAAUGACUGAAGGAUAGCUCUAAACAUAAUGAUACUUGCUUUCACUCUCAAUGUUAAUUUGUAACACAUAACAUUGUAAUAUUUCAUUGUAAUAUUGUAAAGUAUAAUAACUUACCCUGUCUUUCCCUGUUCACUCUAUCACUCUUACAGGAAGACACUGUUGUGAAUUAUGCUCCAGUGAUAUUUCAACGGCCAUUACAACCCAGAGUUGUGCUUGAUCAUUUUGACGAGUAUGCAGAAGUUGUCAUACACUGAAAUUAAUCUUCUUUAAAAUUU